AUGGUGUCCCUCUGUGAGAUUGCGGUUAGUAAUGCGUGUCUGUUGAGUUGGGUGGAUAUUCAUACCCCAGAUGAAUUGUUAAUUCGAUGUUUGAGUAUCGUUAAAGCUGUUGGUGAGUUUGAAAUCGUAGCACAGAAGUUUGAUAAAAUGGUGGGCUCAGACCUUGUUUUAGUUCAGACUAGCUCUGACAUAACAACAGUGGGGCUGCCAGCGUCUAUUGGUGACCCAGGACAGAUAGGUCCUGGCUGGGUCUCCAUGAAUAAAAUGAUGUGGACCUCAUUUCUUCUGAUUGGUUUCCUACCUGUUUCAGGUGCAUUGUGGGCAGAGAAAUCUGUAAGAGGAGUUGUGGGAAGAGCAACCACAAUCGAUUGUCACUAUCAAGAACACCACCGCUCAAACACAAAGUAUUGGUGCAAUGGAUGGACUCCACUAUGUUCAAUUGUGGUGGAAACAAAAGGGCAUCACGGACGGAGGGGACGAGUGUCAAUCACAGAUAACCCGGAACAGGGAAUAUUUACUGUUACUAUGGAGGAUCUUCGCUCCGGAGAUACAGGAUGGUACAGCUGUGGAAUUAUAACACCAGGUCUUGAUACAAGAUAUUAUUUACAUCUACAAGUAUCUGAAGAACCCGUGUCCGUUCCUGUGCUUCGAUAUCUGUCACCAGCAAAUGUCUCACGUCUCGGGGGCUCAGUGUCAGUUUCCUGUGAGUCCCUCCAGGGAUCCCUUCCCAUUCAGUACAGCUGGUAUGAACAAACCUCAUCUGGGUAUCGAAAGGUAUCAGGCACCAAUGAACUGGCUCUGCAUUGUCAAUCAUUCAACCAGCAGCACCAUCAAUAUUACUGCAGAGCCUCGAAUCAGCAUGGAGCAAGAUCCAGUGGAAUGAUUAAAGUGACAGUCUUCAACAACAGAGAGAUCUGCAGUUACGUGACAGAAAUCGAUGGCACCAUUUCAGGUGCUUUAUGGGCAGAAGAUGAAGUGAGAGGAGUUGUUGGAAGAGCGGUCACGAUCAAUUGUCACUAUGCACCAAUAUAUCGCUCAAACCCAAAGAUAUUUUGCCACGUGUGGGAUAUCAGAUGCACAUCCUUAGUGAAUACAAAAGGACAAAUUGAGCAGUAUGGAAGAAUGACAGUCAGAGAUAACUCAUCCCUGGGAAUAUUUACUGUUACAAUGGAGAAUCUUGUCUCUGAAGAUACAGGGCAUUAUCUAUGUGGAAUUACAUCAUCUGACGAUAUUGUAAUAUUUGUCAUGUAUCUGCAAGUAUCUGAUGAACCCGUGUCUGUUCCGUUACUUCGAUUUUCACCACUAACAAGAGGCUCAAGUUGUGGGAACUAUGUGUCAGUGUUCUGUGAGCCUGUGCAUGGAUCCCUUCCCAUUCAGUACUCAUGGUACGAAAAGACCCCAUCUGGGGAUUCAAAGAUCUCUGAUACCAAUAAACUGGAUCUACAUUGUCAAUCCUUAAAAGACAAUAACUAUCUGUAUUAUUGCAAUGUCUCAAAUGGGAAUGGAAUAAAGUCCAGUGAAAUGAUCAGAAUGUCCACCUCCAACAAUGUCAGGAACUGCAGAUAUGUGAUUGAAGUCAACAGAAUGGGGAAAAUUCAUUUCUGUGAAAACACAGUGACAGAAUCGAUGACAACUGCACAAAGAGAAAAAACUACUUCACCUGAAAUGUAA